CGACCUGCAAACAAACAACAACACUGGAGGGAAGAAAAACUACGAUGUUCUUCAACGUUGCAGCAUGCUGACCACAGUUUCCUCUCUUUCAACGGAAGACAAUUGCAGGUGCAUGCAAAAAAUAAUCAGUACAACAAGAGCGUCUACACAACAAACAUAACUGCAAUGGGAGCUGUUCUCUGAAGUCAUGUUGUGGGAGCCAAAGAAUCCAAGGGACAGAACGACAAGAGAUCAAUGAGAGAAGCCCAGUGGAGCUCUCUUCUCAACCACAAAACAGACAAUCAUCAGACAGUUUCUCGGAUUUGCUUGAAUAUCAAGUUCACUCUUCCACUCUCUUUUUGGGAUUUGGCACUUGACAGCAGGUUAUUAACUUUGUUUACUCUCAGACAAUGGACUUGUCCAUGCUGCCUACACAAGUGAGUGACUAUGACAAGCAGCAGACAGGAGCAUGCUUCACUGUCCGCUCAGCCAGCUCUCCGUCUUACCGUCUCACUCGCAGGCCAGGUGUCAGGAAAACAAGGAGUUUUCAAGAACAGGAGAAGGAGAGUUCUGAGGAAGUCGGCGAGAGAGAUUGGACUCUCUCUGGCACAAAUGGCACAAACCAGGAGGAGGAUGGCACAGUCACUGCUUAUCAAGCCAGGACUGGGAGUCGCAGCACUGUCAGAGGGCAGGGCGAGGAGCAGGAACCAUCAGACCAUAAAAGGACUAUUAAGCUGAACCAGAAUGGCACAUCAGAUCAAACUAUCACAGAGUUUGGCACCGACAGAGGUAUAAACUGUAACCCUGCCUCUGAAAGCCGGGGCAGGACUGACUUGAGGAGACAAAACAUGCAAAGUAGAAGUAAGAGUUUGGAUUGGAGAGAGGGGGACACGAGCCCUGAUCGGGGAAGAAAGGCUGACAUAUCUGUGUUGUCACCCAAACAAGGCUCGAAUGAAAUAAGGACUGUAGUUGAAUGCGUGGGAGACAGGGUGAUAUCUUCAAUUCACGCCUAUAUCUCUGCAGAUACAAGUAGUGAUCAAGAGAGGAGGCCAGCGAGUCUCAUGAGUGAGACUUUGGACAGGGUCAGUCGGGGUAAUUCUCUCCCCGUUAGGAUUAGGUCCCUUUCUGGAUCUAGCACCGGUGCCAGAGGGACAGCUUCUUCAUUCGGACCCAAAGGAGGUCAGAGUAUAAUGGAGCGGAUAGAAAAACUCUAUGGGUCAGCUAAUUUUGAUCAAAUGGAGGAUUCAAGUGACUUCUCUACUCCUUUGACAUCCCAUCACAGAGAAACAACUACAGACUCCCUUGUUUUGCCACAGCAGAGGUCAUAUGAGAGGACAUCAGGGGGAACCUUCCCCAGGCGUAUGCCACCCGGAGAGAAUAGCAGCAUUGUGCCAAGCAAGAAAUCAUUCACCUGGACACAAAAUGAUACUAAAGGUUCUGAGAAUUCAAUUAAUACAGGAACAAGCAGGACCAGGGAGAGACUGUCAGGGGUACAAGGGCAAGGACCAAUCCAGAACAGGUUUUCAGAGGAGGGGGGAGCUAAAUGGGGUAGAGGGUUAGAGGAAAUGGGCACAAUGUCUCUGGAUAGAGCGGGAAGCAGGUACUCUGCAGCAGCUCAGGUAAGAGCUGCGAGGGCUGCAGCAGGAAUUACUGCACCAUAUCCAAACACUUUCCCAGAAGAGGAGAGUUCAUUUUCUUUGAUAGAAGAGCAGGAAAACAAGUCAGAUAAUGCAGCAAAAGACUGGACACUAUUGAAGAGCUGCAGCAUUGAUGAAGAUGUGUUUGUGUCACAGGAUAUCACAAUAAAAACAGUUGAGAAGAAGAGAUUCCCAGAAAGGUUGACUGCCUCUGCAGCCAGUGUGAGAAAUAAGAUCAAUCAGUUUGAGGCCCUCACACAGAGAGGCCACGAUUUAGUUUCAGCACAGGUCGUGAUGCCAAGACGAGCCUUUUCUGUGCCAACACAACUCAGCAGUGAUUUUGAUGGAGUAAAAAAGAGUGGAUCAGCAAAAGCGAUAGGUGGGUUGAGAUACAAGAGGGAGGAAUUGAAAGAGGGAAGGGAGGCAGGUGAUGAGGCUGAGGAGAAAGUGGGAGGAGCAGGAAAGAAGCCCGGGUCAAGCAGGUCUUUAUCAGAGGAUGAGGUUGGACUAAGACUAGGGAGGAAAGAGAGAGAAGGUACUGAUUCCAAUGAAACACAGGAAAAGGGAACAGAUAAUCAUUUUGCUGAUGAUUUCGAGAAAUAUUCUAGACUCAAGAGUCGAUUGGAAAUCCCGCUAAAUGGAGGAUAUGGUAGAAACUUUUUCAUAGAUGAGACAGAUUUCCAAAAAAUCUCAAGCCCUGAAGACUCUAGUCAGAUCCCAUCUUUGCUACUGUCCAAAUCCAUCAACACUUCUGCUGGUGUGCAGAAAGCAAACUCUCUGGUUACUUCACCAGUUAGCGAUGACGACGAGACUCCAACAAACUCUCCAAAUAACUCACCUCUUCAUUCACCUACCACUCAACCGGAAAACAUCAAUUCCUUUAUAGGCAGGGAAAAGGAAAGCACUUCUGUCCUCGCUGUGUCAGCCAAAAUUCCUGAACAACAUUCCCGCCUUUUCCCUCAUCCCCUGGCCAGUUCGUCCCACAGCGACCUCCCCGGUCUCAUCUCUCCGGAGAACAAAGCCCACCCAAAUGGGAAGAAACAGUUGCUGGACCUUGAGGCUUGGGUGGCUGGCUUGAGCCCAAAGUUGAGGGACUGGAAUGACGAUGAAGAUGGUUAUGAAGAUGAUGAUGAAAGUACAGAGAGGGACGAUGAUUCAAACUAUGACUCCGACUCUGGAGAGUCUUCAGUGACCGUCACUAGUAGCAUGAGCCAGUCAGAUCACAAGAGCUUCUGUGUCAGUCUUUCAGACCUGUGUAACUUUGCUGGAGUGGACUAUGAGUCGGAGAAUGACUGCGAUGAGUGGCAAACUUCAAGCCGUCGGACUGCCUCCCUGAGCUCAGACAUGUCGGCGCUCUCCUGUGUGUCCGUGAUGCCCAGUGAGGAGCUCGACAGGCUGCUGGAGGAUGUCAGGAGCGUGGGGGACAGCACCCUACAGGACUAUGAUGAUGUGCAGGUAGUGGUUCUCCAUAAGGACAUGGGAGUGGGACUAGGCUUCAGUCUGGCGGGAGGCGUGGACCAGAACAAGCCUGUCACUGUCCACAAAGUGUUCCACUCGGGCGUGUCAGCCCAGGAAGGCUCCAUAAGGGAAGGGGACCAGGUUCUGUCAAUCAACGGCACAGCACUGAGCGGCUAUGCCCACUGGGAGGCCUUGAGGGUCCUGAGGAGGGCAAAGGCUCGGGAGAUGGGGGUGGUGGUCCUGAGGAGGGGAGAGGUUAGCAGUGUCCAAAAGAAAGGAAACCCGACAAAAAAUCAGGGACCAACACUGACUCCGUCAACUGACACGGGUCAGCUUUUGUGUGUGCGACUGGAGAAGAACAGCAGGGAUCUGGGCUUCAGCCUGGAGGGAGGUGCGGACUCCAACCUGGGAAACAGACCCCUCACUGUACAGAAGAUCUUCCAGGGAGGUCCUGUUGACAAGAUGUGUCCUGGUGAUGAGGUCGAUAAGAUUGAAGGUGUGAGCGUGGUGGGGAUGAGACGCCUGGAGGCUUGGACUUUGAUCAGAAAACUGCCGUCUGGGCCUGUGGACGUGGUGCUUCGACGCCCUCUUGAAAAUCUGGAAACAUGAGGACUGUUCCGGUGCUUUGUGCACAGUAGAGCUCAGUGACUGAUGACAGCUCGAAACCCAUCCAUUAGUGGCUAUACCUUUUGUAUUCCUGAGGCCAUUAAAACAAUUCAGUAAUUUGUAGUAAUUAAUACAAAUCCCUAUAGGAAAUAUAAUCUUGAAGACCAGGUCAAAAGUGUGUAUUUUUCUCACUCUAUCUACAUCUACCUCAAGGCUUGGGAUAUGUCUGUAUAUAAUUGAAGUGCACUGAUGGCUCGUACAUUUAUUAAGUCAACCAACCUUUGUAAAAGUUACUUUGGUUAUCUUUAAGCUAGAAAUGUGGCAACUUUAAAUGAAAAUACAUAUUGUUUUAUAUUGUGAAUAAAACCUAACUGCAUUUAAAGUUUAUAUUGCUUUUUAAUAAAUCCUAAUUUAAAGAAAUGCAUUGUAUUUGUAUGUCCUGCAGAGGGAGAGAGUGUUACGACGAUAUCAUCUUAUCAAUGAAGUUCUGUGGGUUAAAGGUGUCUGUCCCUAUACAGUUCACAUACCACAAUCAUUUAGUAAUACCGAAAAGAAGAUGUGAUAAGAUAUGUCCCCGAUGCAUCAUGUCAAGGUUUUUGU